ACCAUUUCAAACUGAGCCAUGGGUGGGAGCUCCAACAGAGUAAACAGCUUCAAAGAUAUCCCAGAUCUCGAAGACUCUCUUCCAAUCUCUGGCCAAACUAUGGAACCUUUACAGAUUCACAAGGUCUCUUUCCCACAGUGCAAGAAGACACUCCAGACCUUGAAGAAGGAACUAGGAGAGGUCUUCUUCCCAGAUGACCCUCUACAUCAGUUCAAGAACCAGUCAUUUCUAAGAAAACUAGCUCUUGCGCUUCAAUACAUUUUUCCAAUUUUUCAAUGGGGUUCUGAGUACAAUCUUCAGCUUUUGAAGUCUGAUGCAAUCUCAGGACUGACUAUUGCAAGCUUGGCAAUACCCCAGGGAAUAAGCUAUGCUAAGCUUGCAAAUCUACCACCCAUUAUAGGUUUAUAUUCAAGUUUUGUGCCACCAUUGAUUUAUUCAGUCCUUGGGAGCUCAAGAGAUCUCGCUGUCGGGCCUGUUUCUAUUGCAUCUUUGGUAAUGGGAUCUAUGCUGAGAGAGGCUGUUUCUCCUGAUAAAGAACCCACCAUGUAUCUCCAGCUAGCCUUUACUGCCACCUUCUUUGCUGGUGUAUUCCAAGCUUCAUUAGGCUUCCUCAGGUUGGGUUUUAUUGUUGAUUUCUUAUCGAAACCGACGCUAAUUGGGUUCAUGGGAGGAGCGGCGAUCAUUGUAUCAUUGCAGCAGCUCAAAGGAUUGCUUGGAAUUGUUCACUUCACAACUAAGAUGGGAUUUGUACCAGUCAUGCUAUCAGUUUUCAAGCACAGAACAGAGUGGGCUUGGCAGACUGUUAUCUUGGGCUUCUGUUUCCUGUGUUUCCUACUGAUAACAAGGCAUAUUGGCUUGAGGAGGCCUAAGCUUUUCUGGGUAUCAGCAGCAGCACCUUUGACCUCUGUGAUCCUAUCAACCAUCAUUGUUUUUGUGCUCAAAGGUCACAGCCAUGGCAUCCAAACUAUAGGGAAAUUGCAGGAAGGUUUGAACCCACCAUCUGCCAAUAUGCUAUAUUUCCAAGGCUCCUACUUAGGCCUUGCAAUUAAAACAGGAAUCAUCACAGGAAUCCUAUCUCUUACAGAAGGUAUAGCUGUUGGAAGAACAUUUGCAUCUCUGAAAAACUACCAAGUCGACGGAAAUAAGGAGAUGAUGGCGAUUGGAUUAAUGAACAUGGCAGGCUCCUGCACAUCAUGCUAUGUAACCACAGGUUCGUUUUCCCGAUCGGCGGUGAAUUACAAUGCAGGAUCUAAGACAGCAGUCUCUAACAUAGUGAUGGCAUCGGUUGUUUUAAUAACAAUGUUGUUUCUGAUGCCACUCUUCUUCUACACUCCAAAUGUUAUAUUAUCAGUGAUUAUCAUAACUGCAGUCAUUGGCCUGAUCGAUUUUAGUUCAGCAAUGCGCUUAUGGAAAGUGGAUAAGCUUGAUUUCGUUGCUUGUCUUUCUGCCUUCUUUGGUGUCCUCUUCAUCUCAGUGCAGAUAGGCCUUGCCAUUGCUGUGGGAAUAUCCAUGUUAAAAAUUCUGAUGCAUGUAACAAGGCCAAGCGUUGUAAUCUUGGGCAAAAUACCAGGAACUAUGAGCUAUAGAAGUUUAGGACAAUACAGAGAUGCUGCAAGAAUUCCUUCUUUCAUCAUUCUUGGCAUUGAGUCUCCUAUCUAUUUUUCCAACUCAAUGUACCUACAAGAAAGAAUUUUGAGGUGGGUUAGAGAAGAAGAAGAAAGAGCAGAAAAAAUGAUGGAGAGCAACAUAAAAUGCAUAGUUUUGGAUAUAUCUGCUGUUACAGCAAUAGACGCAAGUGGAAUUGAUGCUCUUCUGGAACUUAGAAAAGCUCUCAACAACAGAUCAAUUCAACUUGUGAUUGCAAAUCCUGUAGCCGGCGUAGCGGAGAAACUCUAUCUAUCAAAUGCCUGGGAGAAGCUUGGAUCUGAGUGCAUUUAUAUGCGUGUUUGUGAGGCAGUUGUUGCAGUCUCCAGCAUGUUGAAAGGCCAACAGGGCCAGACAUAACCAAAUGAAGCUUUCAUAAUGAGGAUUAAUCCAAAUUUUCUUGUAUGUUAGAGAAACAAGCUACUGUUAAGUAGUUUAAGGAGAUCGACUAAUGUCAAGUUGAAUUCAGAGAGCUAUUCCAAGAAGAGGUUUAGGAUAUGAGCUGUAAAAAUGAAGUCCAUUACGUAUCCUUCAGAAAUCAGUAAAGAGCCUUAUUCAAAAUUUUUUUGACUUUUUACUAAGUUUACAGCAUUGGAUCAACUACAUUAUCUUGAUUCAAGCAGGAGUUGAAAAACGUAAAAGAAUCCAGUCCUUGUGGCUUCUAGCCCAAAAGCUUAAAUGGUUCCACUCAGUAUUUCUGCACUAAAAUUUCUUUUUAUUACUCGACGUGAGGCUAAACCUAAAACUUAUAAGAAAAUUUGACUUUGUAUGCCUCAGAUAACUCAAAAUUAGGUAAAUACAUUCAUUGUUUUUUUUUUUGUUUGGAGAAAUUCCGCCACUAUUUAAUAAGUUCGACAUCGUUAUCGGGGGAAUGAUCGCUGGUUUUAAUUGUAUUUAUUUUUUCUGGUGGCUAUAGUCACCGGUAUGAGCCCUAUUUCCCAGACGCACUCCUUUCUCAUUUCAAUACGUCUUCAAUUUAUUCCGUCCCAGAGAACGUCGAUAGUCUCUCUCGUCAUCGUAGCUCCAGCUAGCCGACCUUCCGCAUAUUCUUGGAUUGACUGUCUCCAACAUCAAAUUCCAUUGGUCAGUGUUGUA